AGCCGCUCUUGGCCCCACCCUUGGGUGACUCAGAGCCCUGAAACCACCCAAGGCGGUAAUUUAAAUUGAUUUGCAGGACAGCUCCGCUCCGCUGCUACCUACAGCUGAGGCUGGAGCCCGCUGGAUCCUUUUGUGGAGGCUGCUGAGUGCGGGCUCUGGGUCCCCCAUCGCCGCGCCAUGCGUCCCGCCUGGAGGGGCGCCCCCGCAGCGCUGCGCCUCCCCGGCUGGCUGACCCCUUCGCUGCUGUUGCUGUUGCUGUUGCGGUUGCUGUGGUGUCCACACGCUGCGCGGGGUGACUGCGGUGACCCCCCAGACAUACCUAAUGCUACAGUAGAGACGGUAAAUCGUACCACUUUCCCUGUGGGAUUCCUGCUAGGAUACUAUUGCAAUAAAGGUUUUAUGAAAAUUUUUGGCAAGGUAAACGCAGUGCACUGUCUUGAGAACGGUGAAUGGUCAAAGCCGGAAGUUUUUUGUCAACGUAGCUGUGGGAGUACACCCAGACUAAUUUAUGGACAUAAGCAAGAUAUUUAUAUCCCAGUGAGUUAUCACCCAGCGGGUUUCAUUGUGGUAUAUGAGUGUAAUCCGGGCUACGCAAGGAACCAUUCCGUAUCAGCGAACGUAACUUGCCUUCAGAAUUAUACGUGGAGCAAACCAGAAGUAUUUUGCUAUAAAAGAUCAUGUCCUGAUCCUGGAAAAAUAGAAAAUGGUCAUAUCAGUAUACCAAAUGGCACAUUAUUUGCCUCAUUCAUCUACUUCUCAUGUAACCCAGGGUACAAAUUAGUUGGUUUAAAUUCUACUUACUGUUAUUAUAAAGGAAAUGAUAUGGUUUGGGAUGAUCCAUUUCCAGAGUGCCAAGAAAUUCCUACAACUACUCAGAAACCCACCAUAACGGAUGCUCAAGGUACCAAAGCCCCGUCAGCUCCUCGGCAACCUACCACAGUAGAUGUUCCAGCUACAAAGUCCCCGUCAGCUCGUCAAAAACAAACCACUGUAAAUGUUCCAGUGACUAAGGGUCUCCAUUCAACCCAAAGAUUGACCUCUGCUCACAUUGCAGCAACACAGAAUCAAGCUGUUUCCACAACACAUAGCACCUCUAAAGGAAAUGGACUCCUUACAGCAGGGGUGACCAUCAUUGCAUCUGGACUUACUGUUGGUGCUAUAAUAACUGCUAUUAUAAUAAUAACCAAAAUUUUCGGGAACUAUGGAAGAUCAGGGGCACACAUUUAUGACAUUGACAGUUUUGCUUAUGAUGCUGGUAGCCACUGGCUACCUAAGUUAGCCAAAGAAGAGAUAAGAAGAAAGUGCAUACAAGUACACAGAAUAUCCUAGUUUUUAUAAGUUUCUGGAAGCACGGACACAAUAUAUGCAGUAGUGCUCUUCAUCUUGCACGUUAUCAGUGUCUUUAAGGUGCGCACGAAUGUCAAUAAAGUGAGAAGAAACUAAUCUGUCCUGGAAUCACAUUCUCAACAUUUCUAAGCCUCUUGAAAAUAAAACAACUCACAAGACUGAGAGUGAUUAUGUGUCUAAAAGUGUAGAUAUUUGUGAACAUGAAGAAAAGGAAAUAAGUUAUUUUUCCCCCAUUAAAUUUUUAAUGUUAUUUUUACUUACAAAAAAAUUAAAAACAUUAAUUGGAUAUUGAACACAAAUAAAAAAAACAACAUUGCCCAGUCUCUUCUGAGGAAAAUUGCCAAAGAGAGAUAAACCACAUUAUAAAAUAACCCUUCUCGACUCUGAGGCAUUUUUAUCUUUCCUUAUUCCACUCAAAUGAGCUUGAAUGGGCUGGCAAAUGUUUUAAAUGAAAAACAUGUUAAUAACUCAGAGUGUCAAGUUUCUUGGAUUAGUUGGUGGCAAAGGAGAAGUAUAGAAGGAAGAAAUAAUUAUUUCUUUCCCAUAUAAGUACAGAUAAUUAACAAGAAUUUAGCUCCUUUUAAGAUGGAUCAGUGACAAUUUUAAUUUUAUUCUUAGGACAGUCUUUUUUUUUUUUUUUGUAAAAGGAUCCUGUGAAAGGGUGAAAAGAUAGAAGGUGUCUUUUUAUUAACAUAAUGUCUUUAAAAGUAUCCAGAGAUAUUAUAAGAUUAACAUGAAAAAGGUUCCAUAUUUCUGAAGUGAUUCUAAAUUAUACAUCUUAUUUUUUGUGAUAUUAAGAUUAUUUAUUUAUAUUAGUGAACACACUGGUUUUAUUUAUUUUAUUUUAUUUUUUUAAAAUUUCUUUAUUGAUUAAGGUAUCACAUAUUUGUCCUCAUCCCCCCAUUCCCAUCCCACACCCCUCCCCACACAUGCCCCCACAUCCCUGUUGUCCUUAACCGCUGGUUAGGCUCAUAUGCUUGCACACAAGUCCUUUGGUUGAUCUCUCCCCUUUACCCCCACCCUUCCCUACCUUCCCUCUGAGGCCCAACAGUCUGAUCCAUGCCUCCUUGUUUCUGGGUCUGUUCUUGUUCAUCAGCCUAUGUUGUUCAUUAUUUCCCUUAGAUGAGUGAGAUCAUGUGCUAUUAGAAAUACACUUAUAAGAACCGAAAAUGAGACAAGUAAUAAUGGUUAUGGUGACAGGCAAAUGAAUCAGUCUGUAGUGAGUUUCUUUCUGGGCCAACAGUUCUUUUGAGACCCAAUUUCAAUGUCCAACAGUUUCUUAUAACACACUGGUUUUAAAUGUAUAACAAAAAAAAGUUCAAGAAGAUAUGUAAAGAAAUAUUUAUUUUCCCUAAAUGAAAUAAAUAAUUGAUCACA